UCAAGAUGUGCUCAGGGUGCAAAACGAUGGGAUACUGCUCGAAGGAGAGGUCUGACUGGAAAGACCACAAGCCCAGCUGCCGGGGCACACAGACGGGUGUCCCCGCGCCUGGGCGCAACCCUGUUAUCAAGGUCGCGGAGCGCAUGGCACAGGACCCAGACAUCAUGUGUCUCAUCGACGGCAUCCUCAUCUACACUCUCGACCUGAUCCACCACCCCGAGAAUGCAGCAAACUACGCCGUGGCGAUCGCCGCGCACGUCGAGUACACCGACGUCUUCGUCGCGCGGCAACGCAUCAUGGCCAUGAUGGCCGGGCGCGAGCCCCCGCCGCUGCCCAAGAAGAUCCCAAAGCUCUUUCAGAUCAGCAAGACCGCGAUGAUCGAAAACAAGUCUGUACCGGAAGGAUUGGACAAGAACAGGGACGAGCAGAGAAGGCUGUUGCAAGAGCGUGGUUACAUGCUGGAUGACUCGGAGAAGCCCGAGUACCUCGUCCGCGCGUUUCUGGUCCCUGAGAACCACAGCCUGGCGACGUUCUACUUUACGCGGUACAUCAACCAGGACAUGCUGGACGAGGCGGCAAAAUGGACCAAAUACGAGGACAGCGGCAUGACAGAGACUACUGAUCCCGCGGAUACCGAAUACCUCAUUAAGAUGUUCGACCUGAGAGCUCUCGAGGACCCUGAGAUGAACAAGAAAUUGACUAUCAUGGUGGAACCCGACGAGAGGUAGAAUUGCCGUGUCGCAGCUUAUCUUAGCACACCGAGCACACAAUGCUAUUCGCGAGACUCCAAGGAGGUAUGAGUACAAGCCAAGACAUCCCGGUGCACGCGUCGCCAGGUCUAGCCACGCAUCGGCAAUUCUCAGGCUUAGUAGCUUGAGAUCGUUCGCACAGAGCAGGCCUCGGUCGCACGCACAAGUACAACAGAAAAGAUAUCGUAUAAUAUUAGAAUUGUCGUAACGGUCAUGAUAUGCUCUAAUGAUACAUGUUACGAAGCUAUGUAUAGAUGGAAAUGCUGUUGUCGUACACACCCUGUCCAUUGUGAGAAGUCUCCAAGUUCACGGUACUCCCGCACUCCCUCUCUCCUCCUUCGACCGCAACCGCAUGUACGCCGUCCCAAUGAACAACGCCCAAGCAAAGAAGAUCGCCAUAGCCGAAAUCGCCGCAAAAACUUCGCCCCGCCGCAAAACAGCCUUGGACGUCCUCAGGUGAG